GGUUUUCCCAAAUUCUCUGCCUUUCCUUCAUGUUGUUACAGUUUCGAGUCCAAAGCUCAUCACCUUCUCAAUCUUCUCUCGAUUCAUCACCACAUUUGUGCGGUCCUGAAGAGCGUUCUGCAUUGCUUGAUUUCAAAAGCACUACUACUAAUAUGGUGUAUGACUAUUAUUGUACUUCUCAUCGUAUGGCUAUAAUACAAACUUGGAAUGAGAGUAAAGACUGCUGCUUGUGGGAGGGCAUCACAUGCGACAAGAUGAAAGGUCACGUGAUUGGCCUUGAUCUCAGCUGGAAUUGUCUUGAAGCCGAUCUAACUACAAAUAGUAGUCUCUUCCGCCUUGAGAAAUUGCAGAGUCUCAACCUUUCUCACAAUUAUUUUCUUUACCGUAACAUCUCAUUUGGGUUCAACCGUUGGAAGAGUUUGACAUAUCUUAAUCUUUCAGAUUCAGUAUGGAUGGAUGGUUCUUUCCGAAAUUGGUUUCAUGAGAUCUUCUUGUUACCGAAAUUGGUUUCACUUGAUCUCUCUGAUAAUUAUCUGGAUAUUGACAACAUAUUGUUUCAAAUGCUUGUGCAUAACUUAACAGAAUUAAGGUUUCUUAUCCUUGAUUCUGUGAAUAUGUCUCUGGUUGUGCCUUCUUCCUUGCUAAACUUGACUUCUUCCUUGGAGCAUUUGAGCCUUCACUAUUGUCAUUUGCAAGGAAACUUUCCAAACCAAGUUUUUCAGCUAACGAAAUUGGUUUCACUUGAUCUCUCCCAGAAUUCUGGUUUGCUUCUUGACAACAUAAAGUUUCAAAUGCUUGUGCAUAACUUAACAGAAUUAAGGUUUCUUAUCCUUGAUUUUGUGGAUAUGUCUCUGGUUGUGCCUUCUUCCUUGCUAAACUUGACUUCUUCCUCGGAGCAUUUGAGCUUUAGCGAUUGUAAUUUGCAAGGAACCUUUCCAAGCCAAGUUUUUCAGCUUCCAUCUCUCCAGCUUCUUGAUUUAAGCUACAACUCUAAUUUAGGAGGCAAUUUGCCCGAGUCAAACCAGAGUAAUACCCUUGAGUAUUUGAAUCUUGCAAGCACAAACUUCUCAGGAGAGUUGCCUCAUUCAAUCGGAAAUCUUAAACUCCUGAAGGAAUUGUAUCUUUGUAGCUGCCAAUUUUAUGGAUCAAUUCCUAGAUCUCUUGCAAAUCUUACAGAGCUAACUCAACUAGAUUUUUCUUCCAACCAUUUGUGGGGCCAAAUACCAGAUGUUUUUGGAAAAAUACACAAGCUAACUGAUUUGAGCUUAGAUGCAAACAAUUUUGGUGGUGAAAUUCCUGCAUCAAUCUUCAACCUCACCCAUCUUACUUUUUUGUCACUAUCAUCAAAUAAGCUAUUAGGUCGUGUACCAUCUUGGUUGUUUUCUCUGCCUUCUUUAUACCAUUUAGACCUUUCAAACAAUUGCCUUACCGGACCUAUUGAUCAUGUUGAGAUGCCCAAUCUCAUUUUACAAAAAGUCAAUUUGUCCAAUAAUGAGAUAAGUGGUUCAAUUCCUAGCUCCUUCUUUGAUCUUGUAAAUCUUACUAGAGUCGACCUUUCUUCAAAUAACUUAACUGGCAUCAUUACACCCGACAUGCUUUCGAAGCUUGUAAACCUUGAGGAUCUUGAUCUUUCCAAUAAUAGUUUGCUGUCUUUGAGCAAUAAUGGCACUGCUGUCAACUAUUCCUUUUCGAACCUCUGGUCUUUCAAAUUCUCUUCUUGCAACAUACACAAGUUCCCAAGUUUCUUAAGGAAGGCAGAGAAUUUGCAAAUAUUUGAUAUUUCCAAGAACAACAUUUCUGAUCUAACUUACUACAAGGAUCACCUCCCAUUAUCUCAACAACUUGGGAUUCUAUGCAACAACUCUUCAUGUCAGGGAAUAAUUUGACUAGUGUAAUCCCUUUUUCUUAUUGCAAUUUGACUUCUCUUGAAGUUCUAGAUUUAGCUAAUAAUUGUUUGGGAGGAAAAAUUCCAGAAUGUCUUGGAAACUUGAGUGAUCUCUCUGUCUUGGAUUUGCGGAUGAAUAAGUUUCAUGGUAUAAU